AUGAGUGAGGGGGGGUGGAAUACGAUCGAGUCCGAUGCAGGCGUCUUUACUGCCCUCAUCGAAGAGCUCGGUGUCAAAAGCGUCCAGUGCGAAGAGCUCUUCGCCCUCGAUCCCUCCGACCUGCAAGCACUCCAUCCCUUGUAUGGCGUCAUCUUUCUCUUCAAAUACCCCACAGAUAGGCCGUACACGAUGCCCGACGGGCCGCUCGACGGUAGCUUUGACCAUGGCGCUUCCGGAAGCAUCUUCUUCGCCGCCCAGACCAUACAGAACGCCUGCGCAACCCAAGCGCUGCUGAGCGUGCUCAUGAACAAGACGACUGAGCUGGAUGUCGGUGCCCAUCUGAAGGACUUCCGCGAGUUCACCAUGGAGCUGCCGCCCGAAUUCCGAGGGGAGGCCCUAAGCAACUCAGACCUGAUCCGCGAGGUGCACAACAGCUUCGCCCGAAGCGUACCCUUUGCCGAUGAGACGGGGAGGACGGGUGCGCCGGCGGAUGCCUUUCACUUCAUCGCGUACACGCACAUCAACGGAACUCUCUAUGAGUUGGACGGUCUGCAGCCGGCUCCCAUCACUCACGGUCCGUGUGAUGCCGACUCAUUCCCCGCCCAGCUGGUGGCCGUGUUGCAGAGACGCAUCUCUCGGUACGAUGCGACCGAGAUUCGCUUCAACCUGCUAGCCAUGUGCCGCGAUCUUCGCGUUCGGGCCCAUGAGAUUGGCGACCAAGAGAUGCUGGCCCGAGAGCACAUCAAGCGCGGGGACUGGUUCUUCGAAAACGCGCUCAGGAGACACAACUUUGUUGGCUUCGCUGGCGAGGUGCUGAAGGGAGUUAUGAACGACAAGCUCAAGCAAGGCGGGAAUGAAGCCGUCAAGAAGUGGGUUGACGAGAGCAAGAGCCGCGCCAGUAGAGAGACGACGGAGCUGGCUUUGCGGCGAAAGGAAAGGGACAUGGGUAUGAACUAG